AUGGUCACCGAAAAAACUCGUUUAAAAGAUAUCGUGAAAAAUAGUUCGAACGUGUUGUAUUUUUACGGGGUAAUGUAUCCCGAAUACAAAACAAUUUGGGAUAGGCUGGUGUACAUGCUAAGGGUGGGAUUUUUUAUGGGAUUCAUGUUUGCAGGUUUAGUUGUUUCGGCAAUAGCGAACAUGUUCCACUCGAGAAACGAUGUGGGAAAGUUAAUGGAUUCGUUUUUCAUAACGGUUACAAAUUUGAUGGCGAUUGUUAAGUUUAUAACCAUCCACAGGAACCAGCCUCUUCUUCUGAAGUUAAUUGACCAGGGGGAUAGAAGGGAAUUUCAACCGAGAUCCGAUGAUCAAAGAAACUACUUGAAAUCCUACGUGAAAUUCUGCAACGACAUCACAGUAAUGUUGUGUGUUAGUACGCUCAUAACCAUAUGCAUGUGGUGUAUACUCGCUUUUAUCGGCGGAAAUGAACAUUCCCUGCCAGUACCUGCGUACUUUCCUUUCAAUAUCGAUACAACCAUCGUUUUCGCCUUAAUUUCUAUUUAUCUAACGGCUAGCAGUAUUUUAGGAGGAACCUUAGGUCUCAGUACUGACUGGUUAAUAGCAAGUUUAGUGAUCGUGGUAAAAGUGCAGCUGCACUUUUUGAACGAUACUUUGUGUAACAUAAAAAAACUCGCCGAAGAGGACGUCAAAAAGGGACGAGCGGAAAGCGUGGAUACUAGUUAUGAGAUGCAACUUCGGAAUCACAUGAACCAGAAAUUAAUUGAGUGUAUUGUGCAUCAUCAAUACAUAAUCAAAUUUGCAAGGGAAGUAAACAAAUUGUUUUCCAUAAGUAUUUUGGGACAACUUGGGGUUAGUGUAAUAUGCAUAUGUGCCACUUUGUAUGAAAUAAGAGAAUCGUUUGAAAAUAAAGUCAAAGCCAUAUCUGUCUGUAUUUACAUGUUUUGUAUGUUGAUGCAAGUUUUUCCAAUUUGUUACUAUACAAAUGAGGUUAUUGCUGAGAGUCAUAUCAUACCUACAUCGGCAUAUCAUAGCAGUUGGGAAGAUUGUUCUAAAGAAUACAAACAGAACGUUUACAUAUUUAUGCUCAACACUCGAAGAAUAAUAAGAUUUUGCGCUGGAGGUUUAAUUGAUUUGUCAACUGACGUGUUCAUAAAUAUAAUUAAAACUUCAUGGUCUUAUUUCACCAUCAUAGGCCAGAUGGAUUCAUAA